UUCAGACGGGUUCUUUCUCCACACCUACCACCGUUGCUGCAUUUCCUGUUCUUUCUUCCUUUCAAUUUCUCAAACACCUCAUCUCCGGCGGCGGCGGAUGCAGUAGGGUGGCGUCUUUCCUGUUUUCCCCAUUGGAAGCUUUAAGUAUGCGUGUCUACAGGAGUACAGCUGUACAGGGUAGUGAGUUCCAGGGAGAGCUUCUUGCGCAAAUUGGGGGUUUCUGGACUGCUCUUCUAGACCUAGACAUGGUCUUCAAUAAUCUGUCCGGCAUGCUACUGGAGAGCCUCAGAGCUUGUGGGCAACUCUUAGGCCCUGUUUGGUUGGAGGAUUUCGGAGGGGAGGGGAGUGAAGCGAGGGAUUUCUGUGUGUUUCAAAAAUUCUCCAAUUCCUCCCAUUCUAAACCUCCAAAUCGGGUUAUUUCGAAGGAAACAUGUUGAUAAUCACAAACAUGUGAAUUGAACAAAACGUUAUAAUAUAAAAAGGUAAAAAAACAAAAAGUUUUGAAAAAUUAAAAAAAUUAAAAAUUUUAAAAUUUUUUAAAAAAAUUAAAAACUAAAAAAUUAUAAAAUUUAAAAAGUUAAAAAUCAAAAAAUAAAAUAAAAAUUAUGACUCAUGACCAUAGGAGUAAUAUUAACAAUAGUUAUACAUGUAUCUAUUUUUUUAAGUAAGCUAUCAAAUAAAGGUAAAUUGCGAAAAUAUUUUCAUUAAACCUUUCCUCCUAUUUCCUCCAACCAAACACAAAUUUUUAUCAAAAUCUUCCUUCUCAUUCCCUCCCCUUCCCUCCUUGAC